UAAAAACACAGAGUUUAACACUAAAUACAAUACCUCUUCGUUUUGAACUACACAUUACCUGUGCGUCCAGUCAUAUGACUGACCCAUACGUGUGACUCAUAACGUGUGACCUUUACAUACAUGCUUUAAUCCCAUUAUAGGUCUCCCCCUAUAAUACCUGUUCCGUACAGACAGUCAGUGUGUGAUUGAGUGAAGUGUAAAACACAUGACAUUAGAGGCGAACAUCACAUCCAGUAUUUGAUCGCAAACUUCUUGUGUCCCAAAUGUUUGCGCCGACGAUAACAGCGAUGAACCGAUUGAUUGGACGGACGGACAGCCCCUCCGCACACGUGACCCAACCCAAGGCUCCCGAAGACGUGGACAUUAAUCAGGGAUAUUAUGUCCACACGACUAAACUCGGCGAAGGCGGCUUCGGAACCGUACGACUGGCCACUCAUUACAAGACCAAUCAGAAGGUGGCCAUCAAGAAGAUGAACAAAUUGAAGUUAGGGGGCGAUCUGUUCCGCGUGAAGACUGAGAUAAGCGCUUUGAAAGUGUUGAAUCACGACAAUAUCGCCCAACUAUUGCAAGUGAUUGAAACUCAAGACACUAUCUAUUUGGUUCUGGAGUACUGCAGUGGUGGCGAACUCUUUGAUUAUCUCAUCUCAAAGCAGAGACUACCGGAAUCGGAGGCCAAAGAGAUCAUGCGAUCGUUGGUGGAUGUGCUGAAGUACAUCCACGAAAGUGGUUUCGCGCACAGAGACCUCAAACCCGAAAAUAUUAUGUUUGAUAGGAAUCAUAAGAUUAAGUUAAUUGAUUUCGGACUCUCAGCCCACUGUCGGAGUACCGAUGAAUCGCAAGUCCAUCUGAAGACGUGUUGCGGAAGCCCUGCUUACGCGGCGCCGGAACUGCUUAAGGGGAUGGGCUAUUCCGGGCCGUCGGUCGAUAUCUGGUCGGCGGGUGUCCUGUUGUACGCUCUCCUGACCGGCGAAUUGCCGUUCGCUGACAACAAUCUUCCCGUUCUUUACCGCAAGAUUCAGUUGGGAAACUAUAAGAUUCCGCAGUUCUUGUCUAAUGAGGCGAACGAUUUGAUCGGUCAGAUGCUGAGAACGGAUCCGAACGCCAGAGCGAACAUAAAUGAAAUCAAAGCGCAUCCGUGGUUACGGCCAUCGCUGGACGACUCGUUCAGUUUGUCCGACAUUCCCGUUAAGCCCACGAUUAACGAAGUGCUCGAUAUCUGUCGGGCGUUGAAGUUCUCGACCGUUGACCGCAAGUCAUUAGAGCGGCAAAUACUUUGCGAUUACGGCUAUAAUACGGCCACUUAUUGGCUCAUAAAGAAUAACCCGUCUGUCUAUCAGUCCCUGAAGUCGGAGGCGUCACCACUGAUACCACACAUGAAACUCGAUCGCCGCCGAAGUCGGAGUGUAUCUAACAUCGCGGCCGCCGUCGAGAGCGCAGAAUAUUCGCCGAAAGCCGUGUCCGCCAAACGUAAGUCAGAGUUCGAGACACUGAAGGGAUUUCAGGUGAAGAAGCCGUCGCCGACCGGCGCCCACAAACCCAAACCGAGUCCACUCGCUGUCAGCCGUAACGACGGCAACAACACUCCCACCCGAAUACCGGCGGUUAAACGCGUGGCCUAUAAGCCGUCGGCCAAAGCCAACGACUCGAUCCGUAUGGUUCGCGCGCGCCUUCAGUCCGUCGACGGCGUCAGUCCGGCAAAGACUGCCCGAGUUUUGGCGCCCAUUAAUGACACCUAUUGUACGCCCGAUCGCCGGCAGAAGAGUUUUGUCGCGAAGACACCGAAUCUAAACCAAACGACUGGUCAGUCGUCGUCGACAGCGCCGAAGACUGAGAAGAAGUCUCUGUUGAAGCGUUUGCUGGAGUCGGCGACGCCCACCAAACGAGUGUCGCCACGAGUGGUGCGACUGUCCGGCGCUGACAGUAAGAACAUCACCCGCACUGAGUUCACAGAUCCGCAGCAACUGAUCGCACAGUUGGUUGAGGUGUUGGCCAAACGCAAUGUGCUCUGCACUCACAAGUCUAAUUUCCUCUUGAGAUGUGUGUUGUCGUCGAUGAACACAAUAGUGUUGUCUUUCAAUCUGGAAGUUUGCAAAACAGAUGAGACGUGCGUUAUAUUCAGGAAGCGAUUGAAAGGCAGUGCUUGGGAUUACAAACGCAUUUGCGAUGACAUCGAUGGGUUGUCCGCUAAUUCACUCAUUGAUUGCUAAUUAAUACAU